UCACUGACGCAUCUAAGGCUGAAUUAUAUGGCGAGGUGGAUCAACAAAGGUCUCUUAGCAACGGUCUGCAAAAUACCGACACUAAAGAGUCUGGAUCUAUAUUUCAACUAUGUCGCCAAUAUAAGUGCAAAACUUAAAACUUGCUCUCAGCUCAGUGAGCUUGACCUUUCAAAUACUCACAUGACUGAACUGACCAAAGGCUCGUUACGACUAAUGAAGCAACUACAGUCCCUAACUUUAGCAACCAACUUAAUCACCAAAGUGCCAGAUGACAUUAGGAGUCUCUACUCUCUUGAGAUCCUAGAUCUUGGUGACAAUAUUAUCUCGGAAUUGGUGUGUGAGGAUUUCAAAAACUCAACACGCCUCACAGAGCUUUAUCUGAACACCAACCGCAUUGCUAAACUGGACGGAUGCGUGUUUGAAAAUCUUAAUGAUCUUAAGAUUUUAGAUAUUAGUGACAACCUGCUGUGGACAUUUGGAGGCGCCUUUAAAAUAGGCCUGCAGAAACUUGAGUACUUGGAUUUGAGCAAAAACUUUAUACUUAUUCUUGAAAAAGGGGAUUUUCAAGGUUUAAGGUCCGUAAAAUAUUUGGAUUUGGUGACAAAUCGUAUCGGAAGGGUGAAACGUAGGGCUUUUGAAGGACUGAACAACCUAAUCACUCUCAGUGUAUCUCUUCCACUUGAGUAUGAAAACCACUUCAGAGAAUUGCCGCACUUAGAAAACCUUACAAUCUACAUCAAUAACGCUGGCGGAUUCAGAACUCUUCCAAGUCAAGCAAACUAUCAUGAAGCUUCAUUUCACUUAAAAUCUCUGAAAAUUUUCAAAAUAAUAUGCACAGGAUAUCCUCAUGGCUUCCCCCUUGACGUAGCGGAAGAAAUUCUCCAGGCUAUGAAACAUUUAGAGGACUUCACAGCUGAGAAUGUGUAUAUUUCCUCACGAGAUCUUAAAACAUUUCAAUUCAACUUUCGGCUCAAGAGUCUGAAAAUUUCUCAGACUGAUUUGUCAGAUUUGAAUCCGGAACUGUUUCAGCCAAUUCCAAACCUGCAGGCUCUCGAUUUUUCUGAAAGUAGGCUCCAGUCUUUGGAUUUUCUGGCCCAGGCAAACCUGCCUGCACUCAGACAAUUAAAGCUGAGUGGCAAUGAGAUUACAGUGAUCAAUGAGACAGUCUUUCAGUCUCUCCCAGCACUAACAUACCUGGACCUGGACAAUAACCCUUUCACUUGUGACUGCUCUAAUGCCGGUUUUAUCCAAUGGGUGAUGAACAACAAACAAACACAGGUUGUGAAAGGACAUGAGUACACUUGUUCCUUUCCUGCGGCCGAGCAAGGAAACAAGCUGCUGGACUUUGACAUCCAGUCCUGCUGGAUGGACGUUAGCUUCCUCUGCUUCGUUUCCAGCACUUGUCUGAUUGUGCUAACUCUCCUCUCAUCCUUCAUCUACCACUCUCUGAGAUGGCAGCUGACCUACACCUUCCACCUCUUCCUGGCCUUUGUCUAUGACAGCAGGAAGAGGAAGAAGGGAGCUCCUUACCACUACGACGCCUUCAUCUCCUACAACGUUCACAACGAGGACUGGGUUUACAGAGAGAUGCUUCCAGUGCUGGAAGGAGAGCAGGGCUGGAGACUGUGUCUGCAUCACAGAGACUUCCAACCAGGUAAACACUCUCAAUCUCAAUCCCUCUUUAAUUAAUUAAUUCACCACCAAGUGUGAACCUAUCAUGACGCCACCCAUUGGUCAGGUUGGGAGUACUGUUUUGGCCCAAUGGUCGUUGCCAUGUUUGUUUUUACAUCUUUUUAUUCCAGAUAAACAGUAAAAUAUGUUUGUGAACAGAUUUGAGGAGAGAAGUAGUCAACAACACAAUCUGGAACCAUACCUGGUCAGCACUGCCUAGUUUGAUAGUUUGAUCUUAGUUUGGUGCGUUGAGCUGGACAGACUCAAUGAGAAUGACCUGUCAAUCACAAGGUAGCCCCACCCUAAAUGCCUUUACACACAAAAAAUAACACAAAAAUGCGAAAUAGUCGCCUGUGAAUAUGUUGCAUUAAAAUUACUCACACAAGCAGUGACACAAGAAUAAAAAAUGAACACACUUACCGCAGACCAAUCGGGGGUGUCUCAAAAAGAGAGGUCACAUACACUGGGUUCAUCUUAGCUGCCUGUCCCGGAGCUCCAGUCUGGUCUAAUAAGCUGUAUUAAUACAU